AUGGACUCCUCAGUCAAUACUGAGAAAUCUCACCUGAUCAACGAGAAAAACGCAAAGAUGUAUUCUCUGAAACUCAGAAGCCCAUUCCCAGACUCCAAGGAGGGGUACCCCAACUUCCCAUUUGAGAACGGAGAUGCGGGUGGCGCCAUCGAGCUGAAGCGACCCGUCGGCGCGCACUGUCACGGAAACAGGGCCACGUUAAGCGAGAGCCGUGAGAAGCUGCUGGCCAGGAAGAAGCUGUACAUCGCUUCCAUGGUCUGCCUGGUCUUCAUGAUCGGGGAGGUGAUAGGUGGCUACUUGGCCCACAGCUUGGCCAUUAUGACGGAUGCGGCUCACCUGCUCACUGACUUCGGCAGUAUGAUGGUCAGUCUUUUCUCCCUGUGGAUUUCCUCCAGACCCCCUACCAAGACCAUGAACUUUGGAUGGCAUCGCUCAGAAAUCCUGGGCGCCCUUCUGUCAGUGUUGUCCAUCUGGAUCGUGACAGGAGCUCUGGUCUACCUCGCCAUCGAGCGUAUUGUCAAGAACGACUACGAGAUCGAGGGUCACGUGAUGCUCAUCACCUCUGGCUGUGCAGUUGGGGUCAACAUCAUAAUGGCUUACAUCCUCCACCAUUCCACAACCUUCCACAGUCAUGGCUCAGGGUACCAAAAGAUUGAAGAGGGUGGCGGCAGCCCAGUUGGCCAUGGCCACACCCAUACCCUCCUGGGUGGUCAUGGCAACACCAGCGUGCAGGCAGCUUUUAUCCAUGUAGUGGGGGACCUACUGCAGAGUGUCGGGGUUAUGGUGGCUGCCAUCAUCAUUUACUUCCGGCCUGAAUACAAAAUAGCAGAUCCGAUUUGCACUUUCCUCUUCUCCGUGUUUGUCCUGGGGACCACAGUCACAAUACUGAGGGAUGUCUUCAGGAUACUCAUGGAAGGAGCACCAAAGGGAGUGGAGUUCAAUUCUGUGAAGGAGGUGCUGCUGUCUCUGAAGGCAGUGAAAGCCAUGCACAGCCUCCACCUGUGGGCCCUGACCUUGGGCCAGACCCUCCUGUCCGUGCACAUCGCCAUAGAGGAGAAUGCUGACCCUCAGAGUGUCCUGAAGGAGGCCACCGAGCUACUGCAGACCAAGUUUGGCUUCUACAGCACUACUAUCCAGGUGGAGCGCUACUCUGAAGAUAUGGAGCACUGCGUUCACUGCCAGGACCCACUGGACUGA